UGCUGGGAGAGUGGGCACUGCGAGUGCUCGUUUCCCGACCCCCAGGAUGGGCCCGGGGCCCCGCUCGCCGGCAGGUGCCCCACGCAGGGCCGCCUGGCCCAGCAGCCCCGCCCGCCAGAUGUCCAUCCAGUCCGAGUUCUUCAAGACGUUUGCCCGCGAGGAGGCCGAGUGUCACAGUAAAAUCUCCAUCAUAGGCACGGGGUCGGUGGGCAUGGCCUGUGCCAUCGGCAUCCUCCUCAAAGGCCUGGGGGACGAGCUGGCCCUGGUGGACGCCAACGCCCAGCUGGUGCAGGGCGAGACCAUGGACCUGCAGCACGGCAGCCCCUUCGCGAGGAUGCCCAGCAUCGUGUCCGGCACCGACUACGCGCUCACCGCCCACUCGAGCCUCGUGGUCAUCACGGCCGGCGCGCGCCAGAAGGAGGGGGAGUCGCGCCUGGACCUGGUCCAGCGGAACGUGGACAUCUUCAAGCCGAUCAUCUCCAGCAUCGUCCGCUACAGCCCCCACUGCAAGAUGCUCAUCGUGUCCAACCCCGUGGACGUCCUGACCUACGUGGCCUGGAAGCUGAGCGACCUCCCCCCGAACCGCGUCUUGGGCAGCGGCUGCAACCUGGACACGGCGCGCUUCCGCGUGCUGCUGGGGCAGCGGCUGGGCGUGCACUCGGAGAGCUGCCACGGCUGGGUCCUGGGCGAGCACGGGGACUCGAGCGUGCCCGUGUGGAGUGGCGUCACCGUGGCGGGCGUCCCGCUCCGCAGCCUGAACAAGCACCUGGGGACCAAGGACGACCCAGAAGCCUGGGGCCGCGUCCACCAGGACGUGGUGGCCAGCGCCUACCAGAUCAUCCGCAUGAAGGGCUACACCUCGUGGGCCAUCGGCCUGUCCAUCGCCGACCUGACGGAGAGCAUCCUCCGCAACCUGCGGCGCGUGCACCCCAUCUCCACCCGAGUGAAGGGCCUUUAUGGCAUCAGCGAGGACGUCUUCCUCAGCAUCCCCUGCGUCCUUGGGGAGAAUGGCGUCACCGAGCACGUCCGAGUGCCACUCAGCACUGAGGAGGAGGCAGGCCUCCAAAAGAGUGCCAACGCGCUGUGGGGCAUUCAGAAGGACCUCCAGCUCUGA